AUGAGCGACGGCGGCGCCGAGGCGGCCGCUUGCCUGGGGCUCGUGGCCAGGAGGAUCCGUAAAAUCUUCGGGCAUUUCCGCAGGGCUAAAAUUAAAAGGAUCAUCGGGGCACGAAAGCGGGAGCGGGUGGUGGUGACGGCCAAGAGGCUCUGGAAAAGCGGGAUCGCGGAGAGGCAGGGCCGGGAGCAGCCAACGCUGAGCGCUGUGGAGCAGAUCCGUGUGCGAGGCUACUGCAGCCUGGAUGAAGACCUCGAGGAUUGCUUCUUCACGGCCAAAACCUCCUUCUUCCGCAGCGCGCCGAGCAAAACCCCUGCAAAGAAUGUAGCAAAAACCUUGGAAGAAGAAAAACGGGCACCUCCAACCGUUCAGGAGAUCAAGCAGAGGAUCGAGAAGUACAACGCGAAGGUGACCAACUGCCUGCUCAUGAAGCUGAAUGAUGAUGGCACCUACACGGGCUUCAUCAAAGUGCACCUGAAACUGCGGCGUCCCGUGACGGUGCCGGCGGGGAUCCGGCCGCAGUCCAUUUACGAUGCCCUCAAGGAGGUGAACCUGGCUGACAUGACGGACAAGAGGACGUCCUUCUACCUGCCGCUGGAUGCCAUCAAGCAGCUGCACAUCAGCAGCACCACCACGGUGAGCGAGGUCAUCCAGGGGCUCCUGAAGAAGUUCAUGGUGGUGGAUAACCCCCAGAAGUUUGCACUUUUCAAGGAGAUGCGGAAAGACGGGCAAG